GGCCGUGGGCGCUCAACUAACUAAGGCCACUAGUUUACGAUUGAGUGAAUACCGCUGCAACCAUGAAUAUAACCUCCGCCGCGUUACAGGCGGCGCCGCCCUCAUUGUUCUACCACCGCCACCGCCCCUUCCCGCUCUCCACUACGAAAAUAACAAUUGGCCGUAGAAUCUCAGGUGCAACUCUCUCGGUAAAAACCAGCAGCCAGGACUCCGCCUCCGCCUCCACCUCCACCUCCACCUCCACCUCCACUUCCGCCGCCGAACAACAACCGGAAAAUGAUGACGUAGAUCCCCAGGAUCUUCAAUAUGUUUCUCAAAUCAAGACAGUUUUGGAGCUUCUCAAGAAAAACAGAGACAUGCUCUUCAAUGAGGUGAAAUUGACUGUGCUGAUUGAAGAUCCUAGAGACGUUGAGCGCAGGCGUCUUCUCGGCAUUGAUGAUGAGAACGCGCCUACGCGUGACGAACUUGCUGAUGCUUUAGUACAAGUGAAUGAAGGAAAAAUCCCUGAAAAUCGUCUUGCAUUGCAAAUGUUAGCUGAGGAAAUGCUUCAGUGGCCAAAUUUAGAGGUCGAAGUGCAAAAGAAGAAACCACCUGGCAAAUCCUUGUAUGCAAAAUUUACAGACACGGGUAUCAAUCCAGUAGAGGCUGCGAAGAGGCUGAACGUGGAUUGGGAUUCAGCUGCUGAGAUUGAGGAUGCCGAGAUUGAUGAUGUGGAAGUGCCCCCUGCAGUGGGAUACGGAGCUCUUUACUUGAUCACAGCAUUUCCAGUCAUUAUCGGUAUUUCAGUUGUGCUGAUUUUGUUUUAUAACUCUCUCCAGUAAAUACUAGUAAUGUUACCUGAUCUGUGCACUAUAGUUGUUUACACUAUCAAAGUAAUGAGAUAUAGAUUUUCACUA